GCGCUUCUGGAUGACGUCACAUCCGGAAGGCAAGGCCCCCGUUUAGUGACGUCACGUCCCGCUCACUCGACGGAGCUGUUGUUUGGAGGCGGGCGCGUUGAGGGGCAGAUCCAGAAAUGGCACUGGAACAGCCCCUGGAUCUGUCGGGCAUUUCCCAACAAAGUGAAGACAGCUCAAAUUCGGAAGAGGCCAGCACUCCCACGCAACACUGCGAGAGGGCUGCCCCCCUCAUGCCGGUGCAGCCUUCCGAGGUGGGCGGCAGUGUCGUGACCACAGAGCAGGAGCGAGACAAUCGAGUUGUCGCUGACAAUGGGGGGUGCGCGGGGCGGGCCGCUGGUGAUGAAGGAAGCACCCCCGCGAUGAAGGAGGAGUGGCAGGGCACCUUCACGGACAACGGGACACAAGGGUGCACCACCACUACUCGCCAGAGGGAGUGUGGUGGUGUCCCUGAAGGGGAGAGAGAACAAAGGAGUGACUUUUCCAAUCUUGAAAUGAGGGAAGGCACAUGGACACCGUGUACAGAAGAUGAGAGGAGCAGCAGUGAUACAGCGGCAGAGCAGACAAGUGGAAGCUUUUCGUCAGGGCAUGGAAGUCAGGAGGUUUCUCUUAGCAGCAGCCAGACGCAAGAUGAGGAUGGCGCACAAGAGGGACAAGGAGUGGACGGUGCUGGGGAGAGUAAUGUACUGCGGGGCACUGGGGACAAUGCCUUGCCCAAGCCAGGAGAGAGUGGCGGCCCCAAUUGCACAGAGCUGCAGCGCAUUUUGACAAAGGGUGCUAGUGACGAAGCCAGAGGCACCGUGGAGCAGGCGGGGAACAGCGCAGCAGACUUGAAGAGCAACACCCCCUUGGACUUCUCUGUGAGUAACAGCCAUUGCGGUGGCGAAGUGGCUUCGGCAAAGGCAGAAAGGGAACAAGAAAGCACAGAAGCUAUUGAUACACACACGGACGGUGUUCCGUUGGAACAAUUCGGCCUAGCAGAGAAACAGAUUGAUUCUGCAAUGAAAGCUGAGGCAGCAGCGGAUGGUGCAGAGUUGACUGCACCACUUUCUGUGACAGUUGUGCAGGCGAGUGAAGCUAAGCCUGGUGGGAGCAUGCUGAAAAGUAGAUUUGCUGGACAGUUCCACGUGGCGUUCACAUGCAGUGCCUGCGAAGCAGGGUUCAGCUCGGUGGUGGAACUGACAGCACACGUUUCUUGUCAUGCUGGUCUCUGGCCCGUUAAGUGUGAAUUCUGCGUUCGUCUCUUCCGCUCUCCGCAAAACCUCUCAAGCCACCGGGCAUCGGCGCACGGUGUGCCCUGCACGCCCCGUGGAAACACGAGUUCCCUCCGUUGCCCUCUCUGCCCCAAGAAAUUUGCCUUUCCCACGAGCCUGAAGCGUCAUCAGGAAGAGGUGCACCCAAAAUUGGGCGCUCAUGAAUCUGAUGGUGAGAAUGUGUCAGAAGGACAAGAGCUUUCGGCUAAUGGUGCCGGAGGUGGACGUGAAGUUGACGAAUAUGAGGAGCUCAGCUGGCUAAGACCACAGAAUUUCACGGACCCAGCAAAGGCAAAGAUGUGGUUCUCCUCAACGCAGAUCCUCGCAAUGAGUCAGGUGGAGAAAAACGAGGAUGACAAGCGGAAAAGUACACGGCUCUCGUUGGCUUUCAAAGAGAGAAAAAGCAGUUUGGAGAAUAACCUCACAGCGACGUUGAAGUUGCUGGCAGAAGGCGAGCAUCUGCUGAGCCCCGAUGUUCAUUUAGCGAAGAUGGACGGGAGCAGCGCUCGCUACCCGACGUUCCGUCCGCCUCCCUUCCGCUAUAACCGUUCCGCGGAAGGUGGGAAGGUGGGGGGAGCAAGCAGCGGCGCAGCAUCCACGGCGAGCCCAGCGGGUGCCACGGUGGGAACUGCGGUGCCAGGCAUGGCCACAGCAACUCCGGGUGUACGGGUGGCACGCAUCCCUCACUCCUUCUCGAGCCCAAUCACGUGCACCAAGUGCGGCACCGGCUUUUUGGAGCUGGCCUUGCUGCGUUCGCACGUGCGGGCGUGUGUCAACGUGCGCGUCCGCCGCCGAUACACCCCACGCAAGCAGUCGGCGGCAAGUGACAGCGCAAGCUCCGUGGAUGACCAAGGUAGCCCUCAAAGGGGGUACAAUAAGAGCAGCGGCAGCAAGGCGAGUGGCAGCGCCGGUUUUAUGCCAAAGCAAAAGGUUAAAUUAAGCGCCCAGGACAGGGCCUCGUCUGAGAAAGUGAAGAGGAGACCUCCCGGCUCAGCCAAAGUGGACGGGGCAAGUUCCUCCCAGAAACUGCCCUGUUGCCCAUACUGUAAGCGAGCCUUCACCUACCUGGGCAGCCUGAGCAAGCACGUGGCCUUCGGAUGCAUCAAGAGGGGGGAAAAGGUGCGUGUAAGCAAAAUCGGCAGCAACACCAAUCGCUUAAGCAGUAAAAAAUCAAAUAAAAACGCUAACAGUGAUAAAAAUAAGAGCAGUAAACAUCUGCGACAGCACCUGACCUCGACAACGCGGCCAAGUGCGAACAUUUUUCAAAAGGCUUUGCCGGCAACGCAGCAAGGAAAAUCACAGGCUUCAACGCCGGGCAGCGACCGGUCCUCGGCGGAAGGAGCCUCUCUGCGGGUGGACAAAUGGGCGUCCACCACCCCCACCACUGAUGAAGAUGAGGACGCAGACGAGGUGCGCUUGUUCAAGAAGCGUGGCCGCCCCCCUAAGUCACGGGCGGACGGCGCGUCUUCGAGCUCCCACAGCUCCCCGCGGAAUCAGUCUCCAUCACGCACGGCCGCCACCGGCGCCCCCUGGAUCCCACCACACUCAAAGGCGCAAGACCGCGGCUUCAAGCGCAAGCAGUCGGCGGGAGAAAGGGAGGAGAGCGCCCAUCGGGGAGAAAGAGGGCCGCCGUGGCCAGAGCGGGUGUCCGUGAAGAGAAAGUACUCUUCCCCGGCUGCAAAUGUAGACAAAGACGUCAAGAGGAAACACAGCUCGGGAGAAUCUAUUAAGGUGUCCGAUUCAAGAGAAUCCGCAUUUUAACUGGUUUGCUAAUUUUACUUUGACUAAUAUGAUAAGGUGGUUAACAUCCGUAGUUACUUAACAUCUGUAAUAGGUUUUUAGGUUGUUAAGUGCACUAGUUAUGCAUUGUGGCUUGUGAAUAAGAUAUCAAGUUAUGUCGACUGUGUAAUGGGCUUAAAGCCUUUAACAAAAUCUAAAAGGCUAGCCUUUUGCCCGUCCAAGGACAGGUGUAUUGCAGUAGAUCUGAAACUUGCAAGCGAAAAGCAGACCACGAUGUGAUAUUAAUUGCAUUAAUGCGCGUGCAAUUUCUAAGGUGACACAGACCUAUUUAAUUUCAAGGUUAUAAUCCCUUGUUCACCAUGACAUUCUUUUUAGUUCUAUGUCUCAAUAUCGUUACGGAGAUCGCGUGACGUGAGGGUUCUUGCCCACUAAUUAUGAAUGGGGGGGGGGGGUCUAUUUGGAGGACGUCACCUGCUCAUGAAUAUUAAUGAGGGGGGCUGGUCGAUGGGGAGUGACAUCACCAGCGGUAAGGACAUUACUGGGUGAUUAUAGUAGUUAUAUGGGGAAAAGUUUCUUCAGUUUCACUUGAAAGCAAGAGAGACUUUUAUUUUACACUUGUUGCCACUGUCAAAGUUGGAACUUCUGUUACAAGUGAACAUGAUAAUCUUGAUUUGAAGCUUUCGUGACUGCAGGAAUCCAUACUCUUUUGUUAUUUCGGUAAAGUCACGUAGAUACUAUCCACAUAGAUACUAUUUACGUAGAUAGUACAGUAUCUAGGUGAUACUAUCUACGUAGGGGGGUGUAGACAGUAUCUACGUAGAUACUGUGGUCACAUAGAUACUAUCUAGGUAGAUAGUAUCUCUAUCUAGGUAGAUAGUAUCUCAAUUGUAUCUAGAUAGAUAGUAUCUACGUAGAUAUCUAGAUAGUAUCUCUACGUAGAUAUAGUAUCUACGUAGAUAUAGUAUCUACGUAGAUAUAGAUAUAGUAUCUACGUAGAUAGUAGAUAGUAUCUACGUAGAUAGUAGAUAGUAUCUAUCUACGUAGAUAGUAUCUACGUGACCACAGUAUGAACAUAAGUAAACUUUUUAAAAGCAUUAAUGGGAAAAGCCUGCUUACAGAUAAUUUCUAUUUUCUUAAAUUAGUGUUUUUUAAAACACGUACAUUUCCUUUACCGCAUUGCCAAAGUGUGCGUUUAAGGCACUCCGGCUCUCACCAGACAACAACAAAAAUGAGAAGAGUGCUUUGUUAUUUUAGGGAUGUAGCCACUAAUUCGUGUCGUGUGCACUUAAAAUGGGUACAAACAAGUGUGUGAAAUCAAUUUAGACUAUUCUGCAAACAUUUUUUUUUGCCAAUUGAUGUUUAGUAAUUGGUCAGGUUUGGCUUUUUGUUGUGUCUUUUUGUUUUCUUGGUUGAUAUGACUAGUUAUCAUCGCAUCAUGCAAAAGUAUGAACGAAAGUAAUAGUCCAUAAUCGAGUUUUUUUUGGGGUUAGAUCGCAUAAAAAUAAAUGUAUCAUUAAACCCGCCACCACCUGACACAGCCAAUUAGUAAGGGUUGUCACGUAAACAAAACAUUCCAAUUCGUUCCUAGUACAGCACAC